ACCCAAUUAGACCUCUCUGUGUUCUUCACAUCCCUAAAUAAAAUCAAAAUAAAUUUCCGAAAUCAAAAUAUUUAAUCACUGCCUCUUAUCACACACACAACACACAGACACACACUCGAUGGAAACAGAAACGGAACGACCUCAAGAUCCCCAAAACGACUCCCAACAGGAUUCAAAGAAACCCAACCCCAGCAGCCUCGCAUUCCGCAUAUGGCCACCCACCCAACGCACGCGUGACGCGGUCAUUGCGCGCCUCAUCGAGACCCUCACCACUCCCUCAGUCCUCUCCAAGCGAUACGGCUCCAUGCCCACAGACGAGGCCGACUCUGCAGCUCGCUUCAUCGAGAACGAGGCUUUUUCCGCUGCUGAUGCCGAGGCCGCUGCUUCUGCUGAGGUUGACGGAAUCGAGGUUCUCCAAGUCUAUUCCAAGGAGAUCAGCAAACGCAUACUGGAUUCCGUGAAGUCACGCGCUAGUGCUGCCGGUACUGUCUCCACUGCUGCUUUGGACGACAGUAACAAUGGUACGGAAGCCGCGGGAGAGGCGAGUGAGGACGCUGUCUCUUCUGUUGAGAUGGAGGCUUGAUUUCUCUCCAGAGCUUUCUAUUACUAGGUUAUGGUAUGUUAGGGAUUUUCGUUAUUGUUUUAUGUUUUCGAGGUUGGGAUCUGUUUUUGUACUAAUAACAACUGAUUUAUUACCCAAUAUUAUAAUUAAUUAAUUA